CCACUUUCUGUCCAAGACCGUCAACGACACCACAACAUCAUCACCAGCUUUCUCUCUUCCCCCACCGAAACCUCUCUCCUUCACCAAACACAUAAAUAAUAAACCGUCAACAUGCCUAAGAACAAGGGAAAGGGUGGAAAGAACCGCAGACGUGGUACCAAGGAGAACGAUGACCAGCGCCGAGAGCUCACCUUCAAGGAGGACGGUCAGGAGUACGCCCAAGUAAUCAAGAUGCUUGGAAAUGGUCGUCUCGAGGCUUUGUGCUUCGACGGCAGCAAGCGUCUCGCCAACAUUCGUGGAAAGAUGCGAAAGAAGGUCUGGAUUAACCAGGGUGAUAUUAUCCUCCUGUCCCUCCGAGACUUCCAGGACAACAAGGGCGAUGUCAUUCUCAAGUACACCGCCGAUGAAGCCCGUACCCUCAAGUCCUACGGCGAGCUUCCCGAGAACGCCAAGAUCAACGAGACCGACUCCUUCGGACAGGGCGAAGAUGGCGAGGCCUACUUCGAGUUCGGCGACGCUGACUCAGACGAAGAUUCUGACGAUGGCGCUGCUGGCAAGAAGGAGGUCGACAUUGACGACAUUUAAGCUCCUUCCGGGAACCACCAAAUCCCCUUCUUCCUCCACCGAGCCCCCGACCUGGCCCCGGAUGCUCCACGUAUUCCUCGGCUGGCGUUGUUGAUACUGUCUUCUCUCUCAAACCCGGAGCUGAGCACUAAAACUCUGUGCGUCGGGUCCCACGACAGUAGUUGCUGUGGAGUCUUAAGACAGCCAUGGUGGGAGGGACGUCAUGGCUUGUCGCUCUCUUGUCGAUUUGCAAUAUCGUGUUUGAGUUUUCUGUCUUGGUCUGUUUUUAGGUAGUUUUACUGGACGAACAUGGUUUUUUUCUUAACGCGUCAUGAUCAUCGCAUUCGUCUCAAAAGCACAGGGUUACUUAGACAAGACAAGAAAAUGCAUACAAUUCUUUCAUAAA